AUGGAUGAAUUACCCGAAACCAUAUCACCGCCCCCGAAACCCAACCGAGAAGAACGUGAAAGUAACAACGUCAUCAAAGCGAGACUUAGGCAAAAACUAGCUGCUAUUGUCCCUCCAUCAGAUGAGGAAGAAGUCAUUGAACAGAUCGAGAAUCGACAGAGCUCUAAGAUCAGAGACCUAAUCUCCGCGAACUUCAAUGAAGCUUCGGAACAGCGUUCAACAUUCCUUCCAUCGGUGAAACCCAAGUUGGAUCCCAGAGCGUCUGUAGAAUCGAAUCGGCCCAAUAAUCAGCUCAAGAAAUUCACGGUUGAGCGAAGUGUAGUACAAGAACCGGUUCAACCGCUUCCUUCGGCGGAAGCAACUGCGCAGAAGGUUGACGCUGCUAAUGAAACCAUAAAUUUAAAAGAAGGGUCUCGUUUUGAGAUACAGCUUCCAGAUGAACCAAAGACAGUAACAUCGUCAAACCCGAAACCGAAGGUCACCUUCACGGAGCCAACACCACUUCCAAACAAGGUCGAAAUCAAUUCAAGCAUUUUGGAGGAGAAUGUGAGUCCCGAGAUGGACGCGGAAGAUAUGGUUAGAGAAGCGAUCGCUCUGAAAUGGAUCCGAAUGGAAGCUCACUUUCGCGAAAUUGCACUCCAAUGCGCCGAACAGUUGACAGAGACACACGACUACCUCAACCCGCAAAAUUGGCACUUGUAUCUCAGUUACACUACGUCAUCUUCCUCCGGUUUCGCGGCGUAUUCAUUCGCGCGUUCGCUAGCGGCUCGUGAAUCCGAAGACAAAGAACUAUUCGAACUCCGCGCAGCAAGCAUCGGGCUCUCGGCGGAUUGUUUAUUCCAUGCAAAAGUGAAGAAGCCGUUUGUUCAGGUUGUUGAAGCGAAACCGAAAUCAGCGUUGGAUUAUUGGAAAAUGUUAAAGGACUCGAUCGGGGUGGGAUUCAGAAGCGGGGUUCAUCGGGAAGAGGUUUGUUGUGAGGAAACGUUGGAGGCAUGGUUUGCGAGCCAGGAGUUGGUGGGUAUGCAUUCAAGGAGCCAUCCGAUGUUCGGGAGACUGUUGGGCAUGCAGUUUGAAGCCAAGUCCCGGAUCAUACUGGCUGGGAAAAUGGAGAGAGAGGUGAUGGCAAAAUCCUGGGAGAAGCUCACAUUGGCAACAUUCCUGGAUAUAAUCCACCUGGGUGCCAUCUUUGCGGGAUUCGAAUACCCAGUAUUCUCUUGCAUCCUCCUCUCAAAUUACCCACCGUCAGUAUUGGAAACUGAGACCUUGUUGAUGGUGAUCAGAGACAUUGGGGAGUAUCUUCUGAUUCGUCAUCACUACUCCAACGUCUUCGACUCUUCUAUCGCGGAUCCCCGGAUUUGCUCUGUGCGCUCUGGACGACUAUCAUGGCCGCUCGCUGUAGCUGUUGAGCACGCUGACGUCACGCAAUUAUCGGUUUUAAGACGUUGCUACGGGAGCGACGAUCCGUUGGCGGUGUUGAAGGUGAAAGCCGUAUUUGAAGACAUCGGGGUUCCCGGAAAGUUCGUGGAAUGGGAGAGAGCUGCGAGGGCACACUGCUGGCGGGGGAUUCAGCAGAUCAGCGAGGAAAAAUUGGUGACAGCUCUGCAGCUAUUCUUCGAAGAACCGUUUCUGGCCCUGACUCAUCGGUAUUCUGCUGUUUUGGAUGACAUCAUCAAUCAAUAUUCUGACGAGAAAACCGUCACGGAUUCCAACGCCUCUUUUGAUUAA